UGCCGAUCUCUUCGUCUCACACAACACCUCUCCUUCCUCAGUUCCUCCUUCCCAACCCGUGUGCUUCACUGUGCCACCGCAGCCGCCGGCCAUGGCCUGCCUCACCGACCUCCUCAACCUCAACCUCUCCGACACCACCGAGAAGAUCAUCGCCGAGUACAUAUGGAUCGGUGGAUCUGGCAUGGAUCUAAGGAGCAAGGCCAGGACCCUCUCCGGCCCGGUGACCGAUCCCAGCAAGCUGCCCAAGUGGAACUACGACGGCUCCAGCACCGGCCAGGCCCCCGGCGAGGACAGUGAGGUCAUCCUGUACCCGCAGGCUAUCUUCAAGGACCCAUUCAGGAAGGGCAACAACAUCCUUGUCAUGUGCGAUUGCUACACCCCAGCUGGCGAGCCGAUUCCCACCAACAAGAGGCACAACGCUGCCAAGAUCUUCAGCAACCCUGAGGUUGCUGCUGAGGAGCCCUGGUAUGGUAUUGAGCAGGAGUACACCCUCCUGCAGAAGGACACCAACUGGCCCCUUGGGUGGCCUCUUGGUGGCUUCCCUGGUCCUCAGGGUCCUUACUACUGCAGUAUUGGCGCGGACAAGUCAUUUGGGCGUGACAUAGUUGACUCCCACUACAAGGCUUGCCUGUAUGCCGGCAUCAACAUCAGCGGCAUCAAUGGAGAAGUCAUGCCAGGACAGUGGGAGUUCCAAGUCGGCCCGACCGUCGGCAUUUCUGCCGGUGACCAGGUGUGGGUUGCCCGCUACAUUCUUGAGAGGAUCACCGAGAUCGCCGGCGUCGUCGUGACAUUCGACCCCAAGCCCAUCCCGGGUGACUGGAACGGUGCUGGUGCUCACUCAAACUACAGCACCAAGUCCAUGAGGAACGACGGUGGCUACGAGGUGAUCAAGGCCGCGAUCGAGAAGCUGAAGCUGCGGCACAAAGAGCACAUCGCAGCCUACGGCGAGGGCAACGAGCGCCGGCUCACCGGCAAGCACGAGACCGCCGACAUCAACACCUUCAGUUGGGGCGUGGCAAACCGUGGAGCGUCCGUGCGCGUUGGCCGGGAGACGGAGCAGAACCGCAAGGGCUACUUCGAGGACCGCCGGCCGGCGUCCAACAUGGACCCCUACGUCGUCACCUCCAUGAUCGCCGAGACUACCAUCGUCUGGAAGCCCUGAAGAGCGUUCCGGUCCUGUCCCUCCUCCAGCUCGCCGUAUCAUGUCAGUUGGUCCGGCGGUGCUGGCGAUUGCAUUCCUGCUAGGCUUUGGCGAAAAUUUCGUCUUGGAUUCAUGCAAGCGUCUCCUUUCCGUUCCGUUAUAUGCUGCUGCUGCUGCUACGUCUACUACAAUUUAGUUCGGUCUGGGUCUGGUCUUUUCACCUUGAGUGAUGAUGGUGGCGAGUGGUGUGCCAAAACAUUUGUUGCUUUGCCUCCGUUUGAUUGGGUGGUCUUGUGUAAUCCGAUAAUAAAAUGGCCGUAACACGCCGGUGGUACCUCAA